ACAGAAAUGCUAAUAAGAAAUCAAAAUUACAAAUAAGUAUAUAAAAAAAAAUUCCUUCUCAGUCGGAGCUUUGCCUGCAAGUGAGAGUAACAAUGGCCGCCGAAGAAGAGGAAAUCGCUGCGGAGCUCGAGGCUGUUCAAGCAGUCUACGCCGACGAUUGCGUGGUCUUCGAUUCCUUCCCUCCUCAUCUUCAUCUCCACAUAAAGCCUCGCACCGCUGAUAUUACUUCCGAGCAGUUUGUGGAAGCUGUUAUUGGGAUAAGAGCUGGUUCACAGUAUCCGAAAGAGCUGCCUCAGAUUGAUCUUUUAGAUUCAAAGGGUCUUGAUGAAGAAAGGAAAAAACAUCUAUUGACUUGUAUUCGAGCCAAAGCUACUGAGCUCUCUUCUUGCUUAAUGUUGGUAGCUCUUUGUGAGGAAGCUGUGGAGAAGCUCUCUCUAAUGAAUCACCCAGAUGGUGAUUGUCCAUUGUGUUUGGAUCCUUUAGUCCACCAAGAUGAGAAGAAUAAGAUUUUGCCAUUUAUGAAGUUGAUGUCAUGUUUUCAUUGCUUUCACUGUGAGUGCAUUAUUAGGUGGUGGACAUGGCUUCAAACAGAACAAAAAACCAAUCCUAGUAAUUCAUCAAGUUCCUCUGGGCAUCCUGUAAGAAAAAAUGAAAAUAGAAAAGAUGGGGAUGCAGAAGAUAGUAUGGGAAAUUGCCCUGUUUGUCGCAUGGUUUUUCACACCAAGGACUUUGAACAUGUACUCAACUUGGUUGACUCCCUUCCUACCCAAUUGAACAUUGCUGAAAAUGAUAUAGAAGAUAGUGAGAAGAUCCUUCAUUCUGAUCAAGAGAACAUCAGAAGACAAAGAUUUGAGGCAACAUUUAAGUUACAGCAAGAAAACAGCGGUCUAAUUGAACCUAAAAAAGAAGUAAGGGUUUUACCAGGUAUGUUUCUUCCACAACCAGUAACACCUCCCACAGCGGAAUCCAACGAGCAACAACAUAAUGCAGACCCCCCAGUGGCCUCUAGAGUGCAUAGUGGUGCUUCAUCCCAGAGGCCUAACAAAAGCGAUCAUAGAUACCGAGGUGGCAUGAGGAACCAUAGAGCAAAGCAUAACACAAGAAAACCGGCGCAGCAGUGGAUUCAGAAAGAAAAUGCUUCAGCAAAAUAAAUGUUUAAUAUUUGCUAUUUUGGGAGUUUUUCUAAUCCUUGCUCCCAGCAGUAUUUUGAUUAUUCAGGUUAAUCAAAUAUGCUAUAGGAAGAAAAUGUACAGCCAAAGAAAGAAGGAAAAACAAGGAAAUGAUUUUUAGUUAUUUGUUAACAUUUUAUUUUUUCUACAUUUGUUGAUUUUGAGAAUGUUAAGGAAGCAUGACCCUGCCUAUCGAAUUUCAAUAUUUGGGUCAUAAUGUUAAUUUUGCACAUUAAGUAUAAUCUGAAUAUUUAGUAUAAUGUUAAUUUUGAUUCUGCUA